AUGUCAAAUAAUAUAUUCGAACAAUGUACAUUUUUUCUUUCACAAGUCACCAGUAAACCAACUAUUAGCAAAAUAAUAAAAGAUAAUGGAGGUUCAAUAGUAUUUAUGCUCACUAAUAAAGUUACUCACUUUGUAACAAACGAUAAAGAGUUUCAACUUUCACCUUAUAAUGUAAAGAAAGCACUAGGAUUCGAAAAUACCUUUGUUGUUUCAGAAGAGUUUAUUAAUGAAUCUGUUAAAGAAGGUAAAAAAUUAGAAGAAUCAAAUUUCACUUUUACAGCAAAUCCAAAACCAAAACAAUUUUCAUUCUUUGAUUCACCAGCCAAAUCAUCACCAAUUAAAUCUGAAUCAUCAUCAUCUUAUUCAUCAAUACCUUUAUCAUCAUUUUCAUCAUUAGCUAUCAGCAAUGAAAGUGAAAAACCCUCUUCAUCUUUAAUAUCAAAACCUUCAUCAGAUCCCAAAAAAAGAACCCGAAGAGUAGAAACUACCUCUUACACCAAACCACUCGAAACAUCAGUUACUGUUCCAUCUCCAUUUUCAUCAGUUUUUAAAAAAGAAAUCGAAAUUAAAAAGAACCCAAAUAAAGUAUCAGCAAAACUAUAUGAUCUUAAUGCUAAAGAUCAACCAGACUUUAAUUCAAAUUCAUUCGAAGUUUUACUUUACAGAACUCUUCAAUUUUCAAGUUUUUCUGGUAGUUCAUCAAAUAAUAAAUUUUAUUAUUUAGAAAUUCAAAAAGAUAUUAACUCUAUACAUCGUGUUUACACAAGCUAUGGUAGAUCAGAUGGUAAAAAAACUAAUGAAGUUAGAUAUGCAAAAGAUUUAGAAGAAGCAAUUGAUAUUUUCUCCACUAUCUAUAAUGAAAAGACUAGUGAUAAGAAAGGGUAUAAAGAAGUUAGCUUGUCAUCAUCCUCAGUAUCGUCUAAAUCAGAAUCAGCAUCAUUUUUAAUUAAUUCAUCAAGCAAUUCAACUUUACAACCUGCAAUUACUAAAUUAAUUGAACAUUUAUAUAGUGAAGCAACUACUCAAUUAUCCAAUUCAAAUACAGUUAAAAUUACUGAGCGUGGUCUCGAAACACCACUUGGAGUUUUAUCAUUGGAUCAAAUCGAAAAAGGUGAAAAGGUAUUAUACAAAAUCAAAGAUUUAAUUAACAAUGUUUCCAAAGUUGGUGGAGACUAUCAAACCCUUUCUUCAGAAUUUUAUACUUGUAUUCCACAUUCAAUGGGUCGUGGUAAGAGUGCUACCGAUGCAGUUAUCAAAACAUUAAGUCAAUUGAAUAUGAAAUUCGAAUUACUUCAAUUAAUGAAAGAUCUUUUGGUUAUCAAAGAUGCUGGUUCCACUUUGGGUAGUGGUACAAGUGCAUCCGAUAUGAAAUACUUUGCAUUAAAAAACAAGAUCUCAGUUCUCUCAUCUUUCGAUCAAGAUAGUGUUACUAUUAAAAAAAUGGCUGCAGAAACUAAAGGUGUUAAAAUUUUAAAUAUCUAUCGUUUAGACAGAGAAGGUGAAACCUCAUCGAUUAAUCUUUCACCAUCACCAACCAAACUUUUACUUCAUGGAUCAAGACCAUCCAAUAUCGUUGGUAUUCUUUCUCGUGGUAUGUUACUCCCAAAAGUUAUCACCGAAACUGGUGUCGCCAAUCGUACCGAUUUUGGUUUCCUUGGUUAUGGUAUCUACUAUGGCAGUGGUUUUGAUACUACUUGUAAAUAUGCUCAUCCAUCCCUCACCGGGGGAGAUUCAAAGAGAUACGCUAUUGUUUCUCGUGUUGCACUUGGUAGAACUAAAGAAUUUACCCAAAUAAACUCAAAACUUACCGAGCCACCAACCGGUUUUGACAGUUGUUUGGGUUUAAAGAAUACAACAACUCAAAAAUCUGAUUUCCAUGAUGACGAAUAUGUAAUCUAUGACUCAAAGAGACAAAGACAAGAAUAUCUUGUUGAAUUUACUUAUGAUGGCUCUAAUAAAGGGGAUGCUCCAUCUACUUUUGCAACCUCAUCUUUUUCAACCUCAUUAUCCACCCCAUCCUUUGUAACACCAAAAACAACACAAACCCCAAUUUCAAAAUCACCAUCACCUUUGCAUGUUGCCACUAGCCAACCACCUUUAAUUAAAACCACAAAAACACCAACAUCAUUUAUUUCAGAUUUCGAGAAAUUAUCAGUUUCAGUUGGCAACGAAGAGUCACAAGAAUACGAAUCAAAGGAAGAUGAAUAUAGAAAAAUGUUUGUCAAUGAUAGAAAUAAUCCAAAACUUUCAAAUAAAUUUUUAAAUUGUGAAAAAGUUUUUGAAUCUGUAAAGUCCAAAUCACCAGAGAAACCAAUCGAUGCCAAUUAUAUUAUGGGAUAUAACAUGACCAAAAAAGAAUUUGUUAGUUCUCAAAGUGAAUUUGAUAAACAAUGGAAUAAGUUUUCAAAUAACUUUUUCCAAGGAUUUAAUUGGAAUAAUGUCUUUGUUGCUGGUGGUUCGGUUUUAGGUUGUUCGUUAGCCAAUCAAGAUCCACUCUAUUACACAAAGUCGGAUAUCGAUAUUUUCCUCUAUGGUAUUAGCGAAUCCGAAGCAAAUAGAAAACUUGACGAAAUCGAACAAUUUAUAAAGAACAAAUCACCAAGAUCCCAAAUGGCCCGUACUAAAUAUGCUGUUACAUUUUUAAAUGACUCACCAUUUAGAAAUAUUCAAAUUAUUCUUCGUAUUUAUAAAACACCAGCCGAAGUUUUAAUGGGCUUUGAUAUUGACUGUUGUUCAAUUGGUUAUGAUGGUUCAAAUGUCUAUGCUAUUCCAAGAGCCAUUAAUUCAAUUACCCAGGGUUACAAUACUGUUGCUAUGAGCAGAAGAAGUUUAACCUAUGAGGCUCGUCUCUUUAAAUAUGCUCUUCGUGGUUUUGCUAUCAAAGUACCAGGCCUAAAAAGAUCCAGCAUUCCAAGUAGUGCUUAUAAUAAUGAUAUCAAAGGUUCCUCUGGUUUAUUGAAACUCUUACUCUUAGAACAUAAAUAUACCGUCAACAAAGGCGCUAUUCAAUUCUUCAUGAACAAUAGUGGCUCAGACUACAACUCUAUCGAUAUUCCAAAUGGUCCUUGUUUGACUGUUUCAGGUGCUGUUAGUUAUAUUAACUACAAAGAAAAGAGUCAAUUCUUUGCUAAAAAGAAAGAAGGUUUCAAGCAUUGCCAUUUAGUAGUAGUUGGUGAACAUGCCAAAGAAGGUAAAGCCAAUUGGUGCAAGAAAUGUAAAGAAGGCCAAAAACCACAAGAAAGUAAAUCACAAGAUGUUGUUGUUGGUCCAAUUCAAUGGGUUACUGAAAAUCCAGGCAGUCAAUUAUUAACAGGUUCAUUCCAUCCAGUAGAUGACAACAAAUGGUUUAACAUUACUGAAUCAACCAAAACCAUUUCUCACUAUAAAGAAUUAAUUUUACUUAAUCAAGAUGUUAGCGAUAUCCCCGAUUUCUCACCAAAAAAUGGUUUAUCCUCUAAACUCGCAAUAGAUUCAAAUCAUCUCUUAUGUAUUGCAGCUUCCUAUGGUUCAAAUGUCAGUAUGAAAUCAAUGAUGCCAGUUUACAAACAAUACAUCAACACUCCUGAUGAAUUUUCAUACUACCCAAUUCAUUAUGCUGUAAAGAGUGGUAAUAUGGAAUGUAUCAACAUUUUAUUAGAAAAUAAUUGCUGUGUUCCAGUUCGUUCAGGUGACUACGGUCUUACUGCUGCUAACAUUGCUCAUUGGUUUGGUGCAUCAAAAGAGUACAAUCUUCUUUACUCUAAAUGCCCAAGAAUUGUCAAUGUAAAAAGCAGGGCUUACUCCUUCAAAUCAUUAAAAAAAUGGAUAUCUUUCCCAAGUGUUCAUUCAGUUCAACCAUCACCCACCUCAACAAUUUUAGAAGCAAAACCAGAAAAUAUUUGGAGUGCUAUUCUUGACGGUAACGUCACAGUUGUUUCAAACAUCUUAAGUUUACCAACUUUCAAAGAAACUACCGACCCACUUGGCAACUCAUUUUUCCAUUACGCAAUUCUUUCAUCAUUACCAAAAGAAAUGUUUACUCUCUUAAAAAAUAAAGGUUACGAUACAAAUAGAUCCAAUAUAUUCAAUCAAACCUAUCUUGAUUUUGCCAAAGCUAUUUCAGGUAAUAUUAGAACUUGGGUAAGAACUCCUACAAACUUUAUGGGUCUUCCAAACUUUGUCAAGUUAACCCCAUUAUAUUUGGUUAAACAAAUAGAAGAGUUGGCAAAAAAAGCCACUCACCAACCAAUUCCAAGCUCGAGUAUACCAAUUGAAUAUAUUUUAAAUUUCUCCAAACAACCAACUCCAAAUAUACCAACUGGACUUACCAAUUUCUCUAGUGUUGUUAAUAAUAACAAUGUAUUACCACCAAUGCCAACAUUUGGUUUUGGUGGCAAGUUCGCACCACAACCAUCUCAAAUAAAACCAGCAACUAAAUAUGGUUUUGGCAGUAACAAUAACAAUCAAAUUCCACUUAGUGAUUUUGUUAUGGUUCCAAAUUCACCAACACUAUCACCAACAGGCCUCAGAAUGCACAGCAUACCAAAUCCAUCUCAAUUACAAAGUCAACUUAUUGGUAAAUCAACAGAGCAAAUUUCUCUUGCUUUAUCAACUCCAAAGAAUGUUGAUAUUCACUCAAAAGAAUUUUUGGAAUCCUCACGUGUUGCUCAAAUUUUAGUAUUAAUAGAACUACUUAAAAGUCGUUUUACCGCUAAUGAAAUUUUAACAAUCAAACGUUUAUUAUUAGAAUUACAUUUACCAGUUUUCAAUUGCUUUGAGGCUUAUUUAUUAAACCAAAAUUUAGAUUCAUUAAUACAAAAUCUUCAUUUAGUAUUGGAAGUUUCAAAACAAUAA